CUGGGAGCAAGAGAAAAGUCACCGUGUGCUGACAUGAGCCAGGUGUCUGUCACCUGCUUUCCCUUCUUGGGUAAAUAUUUGCCUGGCCACUUGCCUGUUCGUUGAAGUUUCGGGUGCCGUUGAAGAGAGCCAGCUGGGACACCGGCUGGUCGGAAGCUGUAAUAACCCAGAGCCCAGAGAGGGAUCAGAGAAGCUUCAGCGGUCAGCACACUGCUCACCCAGGCUACGACACAGUGGCCCCCCCAAAAUGCUCGAGGCUGAUUCCAGGCCCAGUUGGGUUAAUGACACCUGUGUUGGGUCGGUUAACAUGGAGCUCUUUCUCCACUACUCCCUCAUCCCAUCACUCGUCAUCAUCUUGAUCUUGUCCUUUCUCCAAAGACGAGAGCACCACCGAGAAAGAGGGGAUACCUUUUCCCUCCUGCAGAACCACUUUGCGAUUGUCAUGCCUCUGGACUUCGUGGGUACUUUCCGUAACCGAUGGUCCUAUGGAAUCGCCUUUGGGGCCACAGCCAAUAAGAUCAUGUUCUUGUUCUCAGAAGGCUACGAGCCCCUGCCAGUGCCUGAGUGGGCCCAAGCCUUCGUGCUACUGAUUGGUGGCCUUGAAGUUGGCCUGGCCCACUACCCCUUCUUUGCCUGCCUAUCGUCGCAGUUCCGACUGGUCAGCUCCAUCUUUGGCUUCUGCUACUCUCUGACCUGGUUUGUGGUCACCCUUCUUCAAGUCUCCCAGUGCCCCCACGGCCCGUUCCUUGGGAGGUAUGAGACCAUCAUGUUCCACUGGCCCUCGCUGCUGUGCCUGGCUUUCCUGCUAGGCCGCUUCCUGCACAUGUUUGUCAAGGCACUGAGGGUCUACCUGGGCCGGGAGCAGCAGCCGGAAGAGACUGGGAUGCUGGAAGCGCACCAGGCCCAACAUGUGCAAGAGCUGCUGCGGAAGCCAUGCCCCCGAGAGAAAAAAAGGUCUUGGUUCCAAACCAGGAUAUAUGAGUGGGACCCCUGCUUCCACUUCCCCAGCAGAAUGAUCGGAACCAUUGUACUGGCUUUCAUAUGUCUGUAUCUUUUCAUCGUGAUUGAGUUCUGCAUGUUCGUGUACAUCAAAGGCAGGCUGGACGUGUUUGAAGUCAAGCUGGAGGGCUACCUUGCCUCCGUGAACCAGACGGGGACCUUGACCCCAAUCAUCCUGCAGGUGAAAGAGUUGAUCAGUGUCAGCAAAGGAGUCUGGGUAGUGACCAUUUUGCCUGCUUCCUUCACAUGUGUGAGCUACUUGUUCCACAUUUUAGUCCGUUACAGGACGCACAUAAAGAGGCUGUGGGCCGGAGACAAGCACUUCCUCCCCCUGAAGUUCCAGAACCCUUCCUCAUCAGAGAGUGUGGUGGCCCUGGCAAGGUACUCUGGCUGGCAAAUUGCUUACAUUCUCUGGGGCUACCUCAUCAUCCACGUGGUACAGAGCCUGUGUGGCGUGGCAAUCAUGUACAGUCUGGUGUUGCCCUGUAUGCACAACAACACUCUGGAGAUGCUCCGAGGGCUGGGCAUUGGGAUCCUCACCGUGUCCAUCGUCGUGGGCCUCAUGAUCCUGCAGGUGUGGAUCGCCUCCAGUUUCUUCCUGCAACCCAAGCUGGGCCCGGCAGACAAGCAAAAGCCCCUGGCACUCAACAACAGAAGAGCCUUCCACAACUUCAACUACUUCCUGUUCUUUUACAAUGUGCUGCUGGGCCUGGGGGCCUGCCUCUCCCGGCUGCUCAUCAGCUGUGUCCUGGGCACGUGGUUCAUCGCACGCAUUGACAGGACCAUCAUGCAGAGUGGCUACGAGAGGGCAGACAUGGGCUUCAGUGCAUGGACUGGCAUGCUGUACGUGGACCAUUAUCACACCAACCCUGUGCUCGUCAGCUUUUGCCACAUCCUGAUCGCAGGCCAGCGGGAAAGGAAGAUGCAGAGCAGCAUCAAGUAUUGCUGUCUAAACUAUCCCUGCAUCUCAGCCAGGUCCAGGACGAGAUGGUUCCUGCUGCAGACCCUGAUCAACAACCCCAGGCUUGUCACGCUCAGAAAAUCAAAACCAGAGCCCUGCUCCUAGGGGAUUACCCAGACCCUAUGAACAUGCUCGGAGUGCUGGCACUCACUCCCAUAUCUUACGUCCCAGGUCAGGCCAGACCACACACCCCUGAAAAAGGCUCAGGCUUAACCAGCAGCUGUUCCCAUAAUGAGAUGGCACCAUUACCGUGCUUGCCAAUAGCAGAUGGCAUUGACCACCUGUGGGAUGGCCACUGGGGCUGAAGCCUCAGGACUGCUUCACUCCAUUAACAG